GCAGCUAGCAGUGAGAAAACCAAUGAUUAAAUGCAUUGAGCGCGUUAAACCAAUCUCUCCGCGUUAAUGGAAGUUUUACUGUUUAUUUGGGUUAACCUUUUCUAAGACCGCGCGCCAGUCUUUGCGCGGGCUACGAGGCGAACGGGCUUCCCGCUCUUGACUUUGACACUUCAUUUGGCGGGAAAACUACCAUAGACAACACGGCGCCUAGUGAACUUUAGUUAUAAUUUCCGGUCAAAACACGUGGAAGUGUAAAACAGCCGUUAUUUUUUUGGCUUUCGGUGUUUUUUUUUAAAUAUGAUUAGUGAUAAGAUUGGAUUUAUUGUUGAGAGGAAGGAGAAAGAAAAGUGCGGCUACGACAAUGCGGGAUUCAUGUAUACGGAGAAGGAAAAAGUCCCGAAUAGGCGCACAGACGGGAUGGCGAAUAUUGGCGUGUCCCAUGAUGUGCUGGUGGAGUCCCGUGACACCGGACGCAAGCUGCCGCAGUACAUCGCUGCACUAGCAGCGACCCUGGGCGCGCUCGCGGCCGGUACCAUGCUGGGCUGGUCAUCGCCCGUCAUCUUCAAGAUCAAGCAGGAGAACAGCACCGACUAUGACUUCUCAGUCUCCGAGUCGCAGGGCGACUGGGUCUCCUCCAUGGUCAACCUCGGCGCUGCGGCGGUUUGCUUCCCCAUAGGCCUCAUAAUGGACUCUAUAGGCCGGAAGAAAACCAUGUUGUGCCUAGUAAUACCCUUCACUAUCGGCUGGCUGCUGAUCAUCUUCGCUUCAAACAUAGCUAUGCUGAUGGCGGGUAGAUUCAUCACCGGCAUAGCCGGAGGAGCCUUCUGUGUCACCGCGCCGGCGUACACUAGCGAAAUCGCACAGGAUUCUAUCAGAGGAACGCUCGGAAGCUUUUUCCAACUGAUGAUAACUGUCGGUAUCCUAUUCGCCUACGCCGUGGGAAGCUACGUCUCGGUACUAGUGUUCAACGUUCUCUGUGGCAUAAUCCCUCUCAUCUUCGGGGUUGUCUUUUUCUUCAUGCCAGAGAGUCCCAAUUUCUUAGUCGUGAAGAAUCGCCCCGACGAAGCGCGCGAUGCCCUAAUUCGACUCCGCGGCAGGAACUACGACGUCGACACGGAGUUGAAUAACAUGCGAGCGAAGGCCGAAGAGUCGAGGAACAACCCAGUGUCUUUUACUAACGCUAUAACUAAGAAGACUGCGUUGAAGGCUCUAUUGAUCUGCUACUCGCUAAUGUUACUCCAGCAACUGUCCGGAAUCAACGCCGUGAUCUUCAACACGUCGGACAUCUUCGCGGCGGCCGGCGCGGCCAUCCCGGCGGCUAUCGCCACCAUCAUCAUUGGCGUCAUCCAGGUGGUCGCCACCCUCACGUCCAGUCUCGUGGUCGACAAACUCGGCCGACGAAUCCUUCUGCUCCUGUCCGCGCUGGUCAUGUGCGUGUGCUCGACCGCUUUGGGCGUAUUCUUCUUCUUGCAAACGAUUCAUGGAGCGGACGCGCCGAUAGUGCAGCAGAUCUCGUGGCUGCCUCUGGUGGCGCUGUCCCUUUUCAUUAUAGCGUUCUCGCUCGGAUUCGGACCUAUUCCCUGGAUGAUGGCCGGCGAGCUGUGCACUAUCGAUAUCAAGGCGUUUGUCGGCUCGACCGCAGGUACCCUCAACUGGCUGCUCGCGUUCACCGUGACCAGCACCUUUAAUUCCCUGAACGCUUCCAUCGGCCGGGGGCAGGUGUUCUGGCUGUUCGCAGGCAUUAUGCUAAUCGGGUUUGUAUUCAUCUUCUUCAUAGUGCCAGAGACCAAGGGCCGUAGUGAGGACGAAAUCCAGGUACUGCUCGGCGCGGAGCCGCGGCAACGCGUCGAGGAGAAGAAAUAAAUAGACUGCAUUUACUAUUUUGUACUGACUUGAGGCGUUUCGCCGUCGAAGACCACUCUUAGUUUGAAUUAAUUUCUAAUCUCGAAAUGCUUUUGGACAUAUUUAACUAUUCUUAUUAAAAAAAUAUCCCAGAUGACCAUGCUAUGUUAAAUAUUUUGUCUCUAAGUGUAAUGGGAAAUAGCAAAUAUAGCUCAAGAAAAUACAUUUUGAGGUUAUGAUUUUAUCAGACGUGGGUGGAUCUUAGCUUCUUUGGCCAAGAAUGCUUUGACGUGUGACGUAUAUUUAUUGUGUGCGAGUACCAAAGACUUUUGUCCCUUCGGCCCUGCCCCGCGGCCGCUUAAUUAAGUCCGAUGUUGAAUUUAUUUAGUUUUAAAGUAUUUAUUAUUAAAAUAUAUAUUUAAUGUUGUUUGAAUGUUUGGCAGCUAGCUCGUUGUGUCAGUUGCGUGGUGUGUAAUAUGAAAUUCGUUUAUAAAGUUCAUUUUUUUCUCUGGUCUUAUUUGGUUGUUACUUGUUACUAGCCUCAAAAAGCAAUAUUUUUGUUAAUACAACUAGUUAUUUGUGUGUCACUUAUAAAUUGUAUAAAUAAGAAAAUAGCUGUUUUAGCCAAAUAUUAACCAAGAAACGUUUAUUUUGAGGUUAGUUGUGUUUCUAAAUAAGUCAAGUAAAAGAAAAUGGCUUUAUGAUCAUUGACAGACAGCAGAAUCCUAAAGGCGUAAUUUUAUUAUACGUGACGCAAUGUUUUAUAAUAAAUUCUACUUACCUUUAUACUAUGAAUACAAAAAAACUAGGUACUGAACGGAUUUAGUAGGUAGGUAAUAGUUUUUGUGUUAAGAGGAAAGGGGACGGACGUUUCUCCAUACAAACGUAGUCCCGAUUUUUCUUUCUGGAUAUGACAGUAUGGAAUUUUUUUAAUAUAAUUGGAUGUAUAUGAACCAUAGCUAUGCCCCUACGUUUGACUUUUUUCGAUUUUUUUAUUAUGGUAAAAAUUAGGAGCGAAAAACAGAUUUCAUACAAUUUUUAAAAAUAAUUCAAAAAUCAUGUCAAAAUAUUUACAACAAAUUGUGUCAAAAUAUUUUCAAUAAUUUUAAUAUCCAGAGAGGAAAAUGAGGACUACGUUUGUAUGAAAAGGUGAUUUCUCACGGGUCCUCCACUUUCGUCUUAAGCUAAGCUUUAAAAGACCAACGGCAGGCCGUAGGAAUCAUUCCAUAUACCACGUCGUUGCUAUAUCAAGGUGAUAUUGUACUGUACAUCCAUAUCAUCCAAUAUUAAUCAAUACAAAAAUAUGUAUAAUCAGUAGACACUAGACCCACUGGAGUUGUAAAUUUUAACAAUGUCGUGCAAAUUAUAAAACCCUAAAAAAACGCUACGAAAUGUUCAUCGUAGUUUUAUAUGAAUAUAGAGGAAAGGUAUUGUUACAAUAAUAUAUUUUGAGAUAAAAUUACAUUUCAAUUAUGCUAGUAGGAAAAUAUUUAAACCUUAUAGGGUAAUAUAUUGAUGAGAUCACAAGUGAAUGAUAUUACUUAUAGUUAUGUAAUUUAUAUUAAUAAUAUUAUAACUAUUUUUUUUUGUUAGCGUCUAAAUAAACGGUGUGUUGCCGCUCUUAUCUAAAAGUGAAGAAAAGCAAAUUAAAAACACGUAUAUAGAUGGCGCUAUGGGCACAUCCAGCUACCACAUAAAGCAUAGAUUGUGCUCAAACCAGGGACCGCUACCGGUAUAACCCAAAAUCAAAAUAACACAUAGCAUUCGCAAUAUUUCUCUGAUAUUCUAGAAUUAUAUUUAGUUGAGGGCAAUGUGUUAUCAGAUAAGCUAAUUGAAAUGCAAAAAUAUACAUAAACAACCGAUAUAACGAAAUUGAAUACCGGUUAAUUUGUACGAAACAAAUACCGGUUUUCGGUCCCUGGCUCAAAGAGGUCUUGGUCCUGUAUGUUUCACUAUUGUGCAUUUGUGAAUUUUAACAUGUUGUCAAUGUAAAACUUAGCCAACGAGUCAAGAUUAACUUUGACAUAUUAUUUUACAUCUUUAUUAGUCUUUAUUUUCUUUUUAUCUUACGUAAUUUUUAUCUUGACUCAUUGGCCUUAUUUUGAAAAUAUUUGAUGGUAUGUUUAAGAAUUACUAUUUAAAAUCGAUGUUCGUUUUACUUGUACAAUUGCCAAUACAAUUUGCCAUAGCAACAAAAAUUUGCAAUUUGAAUAUGUAUAAUAUUUUAAGUUAUGACAACGAUUUCAUACUUUUGUACUAUGGUUUUAGUUAUUUACCUAAAUUUUGAGAUUUAUUUGCGAGUUACUUUAGCGUUAAUGUUAAUUUGACUAUCUGCGUUAGUAGCCGCAUGCUGUGAGUUAAUUUAAUUAGAUGUAAGUUAACUACAAUUUAUUUACAGAAUUAAAAUAUUGAAUAUGAAAU